UUUUAGACCACGGAUGUAGCAGCACGCGACUCUCUGAGCAUUUAACUAUUGUGAGUGCUAGUAUUACAUCGAUAUUGACUUGUUUUGUAAUGAUGAUUCUUGCAUUCAAUUUUGGAACUGAAGGCCCACCUCAUACGUUGCGGAACAUGGUUUGACAAUUAAGAAUUGAAUAUUAUAAUUUUGGCGGAACUAUUUAUCGCUGAAGAAGGUGUGAAGUGGACCGAAACGUACGACAAAUAAUUUCAUUGGGAGACUACUGAGUAAAAGAUUUACUGUAAAAGACUGCUGUGCGUUUGCUACAACAAUGUCGAGUUGUUUCAUUUUGAUGUCCAGCCUUGUUUGUUGUGUUUUAAUCAGCUUCGUGACAGCAUCGAAGCCAUUGUCGAUUUUAGUGAUACAGCCUGUUCCAAUAACCAGCCACCACAUUUGGGUAAUGAAUUUAAUUAAAGAACUGCUUCGCAAGGGUCAUCAUGUACACGUAGUGAGCAUACAUGAGACUGAGGUCGAGAAUAAACUUGCGCAGAAUUUGACGUACACGGUUUUCGAUAGUUUUAUAAAUGAAUUUGGAGGAUCUGAAGAUUUGAAUUUCGCUGAAUGGGCACAGCACAGCUCACUUUAUAUGAUAUAUUUUAUGUACUACUUGCAGAUCCAUGCAUGCGACACAAUAAUAGAAACUAAAGCGGCAAAGGAGCUUUUAGAAAUGAUAAAGUCUGUCGAGUUUGAUGUUAUAGUGUUAAAUAUCACAAUAAUGGAAUGUUUGUAUGGCUUAUUAGAGAUUGCUAAAGGUAAGCCACCUGUAGUGGGAUAUAUUCCGCUUGGUCCUGCACCUUGGGUCAAGGAUUAUAUCGGUGGUCCAAAUUAUCCAACUGUUCGACCUUACCCGCAUGUACCCAUUGCGAAGCCCGUAGGUUUAUGGCAGAGAACAUGGAAUGCUCUACAUUUCGUUGCGGAUGAUGUCAUACGACAUUAUUAUUACUUGCCUACCAUUCAACGGCAUACUGAGAAAUACAUGGGCUGUGCAAUCAGGUCAUUAUAUGAAAUAGAAAGAGAUAGUAUUAAUAUUGUACUAAUCAAUAGUCAUCCUGUAUUCUAUUCUGGGAUCCCAUUACCGCCAAACGCUCUGGAGGUUGCUGGACUGAAUGCUCAGACCGUGCAACCGAUUGCCGACGAGGUCGUAACGUAUCCCGAGAAUAUGCGUACAUUUCUUGACGAAGCAAAGAAUGGAGCCAUCAUAAUAUCGUUAGGAACAAAUGUGAAAUGGAAAUUUAUCGGACUAGACAAGAUUAAGAUCGUUAUAUCGGCUCUAUCGAAAUUGAAGCAACGAGUGCUGUGGAAACUAGAUAUUAAAGUGCCAUUUGAAAUACCGGAUAAUCUAAUGAUUGUAAAAUGGAUGCCGCAAAACAAAAUUCUGACUCAUAAAAAUGUGAGAGCAAUCUGGACGCAUGGUGGUCUUCUUAGCGUGUACGAAGCCAUUUGGAAAGAUGUACCAAUGAUCGUAAUGCCUUUCUUUAGGGACCAAAAAUCCAAUGCAGAAAUAUUAGUAGAUAAAGGCGUUGGCACAUAUUUGGACGUUAGAACUUUGACCGUACAGAAUGUAUUGCAUGCAAUUGAAGAAAUACUUUACAAUGAAAGUUAUGCAAGAAACAUGAAACAGUUAUCUAGUGAAUUCCGUGAUCGACCGUUAUCGCCGUUAGAUUUAGCUGUUUGGAGCAUUGAAUACUCCGUCCGUCAUCCAAAUGGAAGUUUAGCAACGCCGCUUAGAUCUCAGAGCUGGAUAGAACAGAAUUUAAUCGAUGUCUAUGCAUUUUUAUUCUUUAUUCUCAUCAUAAUAUUAUUAAGUAUAUACCUUACAAUAAAGAUACUUAUUAAUUUAUAUUAUAAUCAUACAUCUAAAUUGGGUAAAAACAAACAGGCAUAAUAUCAACAGGCAUUGCAUGUAGAUAUUGCAAUUAAUAUUAAUUGCACUACAAUAUUAUUGUGCAAUUAGCAGUAAUUUAUAUUAAUCUAAAAAAGUAAAUUUAUCGUACAAAUAUAGAAAAUAUUAUAUUAAUA